ACCGGAAGGAAGUAGAACUUGCUCAUCAGCUUGGGGCUAUGCUGCUGCGGUCGCUGCGUAGUUGGGCUGCCCGGGGUCUGCGUAGCGUGGGCCGGGGGAGCUCCGGAAGCCCCGGAAGUCUCGAUUCGGGCGCCGGGCCGUUGUGGGCACCUCGCCGCGCCUGGCCUCCGGAUAAAGAUAGAGAGAAUGAUAAGGAGAAAAAAGCAGUGGUUUGUAUUGAGGGCAAUAUUGCAAGUGGGAAGACGACAUGCCUGGAGUUCUUCUCCAACACAACAGACGUCGAGGUGUUAAUGGAACCCGUGCUCAAGUGGAGAAAUGUCCAUGGCCAUAACCCUCUGAGUCUCAUGUACCGUGAUGCCAGUCGAUGGGGCCUCACGCUGCAGACGUAUGUGCAGCUCACCAUGCUGGACCAGCACACUCGUCCUCAGAUGUCACCUGUACGGUUGAUGGAAAGGUCAAUUUACAGCGCAAGAUACGUUUUUGUAGAAAACCUGUAUAGAAGUGGGAAGAUGCCCGAGGUUGACUAUGCGAUUCUAUCUGAGUGGUUUGACUGGAUCAUCAGGAACAUUGAUGUGUCUGUUGAUCUGAUAGUUUAUCUUCGAACCACUCCUGAAAUCUGCUACCAGAGAUUAAAGAUGAGGUGCCGGGAAGAGGAGAAAGUCAUUCCGAUGGAAUACCUCAGUGCUAUUCACCGCCUCUAUGAGGAGUGGCUGGUCAAUGGAAGCCUUUUCCCAGCUGCAGCUCCUGUUCUGGUGAUUGAGGCUGACCACAACUUGGAGAAAAUGUUAGAACUCUUUGAACAAAACCGGGCCCGGAUAUUAACUCCAGAGAAUUGGAAGCAUGGACCCUAAGACUGAGUGGUCUACAAGACCAUGCCAGGAACAGCCCAGCCGGGGCCAGGUUAGCUGCUAGGAGCAUUUGGAAGAAUCUACUCUCAGGAGUGUCUGUUACCUGAUCAGAUCUAUUUUCACAGUGGUCUUUUCACUGCAGUACCAAUGGCUUUUGUCUAUCAGAUGUUUGCAGCACACAUUCCCCCUGGUUCCCCUCCUGGUGGCUUCCUAAAGCUGAAGCCCUGUGUAAAAAUCACUUACUGUAUCCCUGGGGUUGUUCUGCAUCCUCUGUGUCAGGUCACAUCAUGGGGUGAGGGAGCAGUCUUCUAUCUCAGGCAAGGAUUUGAAGCCCAGAGAGGUGCUGGGAUUCUUCCAGCCAGAGCAUAGUGGAGCUGGGUUCAUUCAGAUACCUUGCUUGGACUGCCUCCCCCUAAGCUGUUCCCCAUAGCCCUGCUGUUCUGAGCACCAGCCCCUGACCUCUUUGUUAGAAGAGCUGGCAGUUUGUGGAUUUCAUUAUCUUUCAGUACCGGACAAGUUUCAAGGAGAUGACAUUACUAGGCAUUGGCACACCUCUGUUGUUUGGCAUGAGCCUAGGGUUUCCUGGCAUGAAGAUACUGUAACCUCAAUUCCUUUGUCAUCUGGACUUCAGUGUCCAUUGGGGAAUCCUGGACCAGUCUUUGCAUGGUGCCAGAGUCCUUGAGGAUGAAGUCCUUCCCAGACUCUGCCAGUUUCGUGUCAUUCUGUGUCAGAAAGAAAGGGCUUCUGGGACCUGGACUUUUUGCCCUGUGCUAAGCGAGGCCAAGGGCAACCAGCUGGGCUUCCAAGGCCCCAUCACUCUCUACUGUCCUUGUGUGAGGAGCAGUGCCCUUGCUCAAGGGAGAGUGACAGUGGCCUUAACUCCUUUGAAGUGUUUUUCCAUCUGAGCGGAUGUCAUGGACCACAGAGCUUGAAGUCAUCUCUGUUGGGUCAGAAAAUGCCUUAGCUUUGCGUGACCAUAACUGUGCACCGAAGGUGCAGCUGUUACUUGAACUCGUCGAGACCAAGAGAAAGACCAACCAUUCCUCAGGACAGCGAGACUGGAGAGUCAUGGUUUGCAGAAAAGCAUGUGAAGCCUGCUGCUCUUCACAUUCUGGAGCAGAUGGCGUGCAUCUGGAGAAGACUGGACACGGAGGCUAUAAGGGGCUGAUAACUGUGUACUCUGGAGAAACAGCACGGGCUGGGGUGGGGCUGCAGAUGAGUGUGUGCCAGCUGGCCCUGCUCUGCCUGUCUGUAGCUGCCUGGUAUGCCUGGUAGCCAGAAAGAGGGCCAACAAUCCAGCUCGUGGUCCUUCCUGUUUGGACCAAUUGAUGGGCCCUUUUGGUAGUAUGAAGAGUAGCAGCCAGGGGGAUUGUCCAUCAGCACCUGCAGUCCAGCAAUGGAUAAACCCGAGAAAGGCAGGAAUUUUGAACCAGCAGUCCUGAUGGGACCGUCUUUAGAAUUUGCAAUCAAACAGUCCAGUACUUGCCCCUUCGCUCUACCAGAGCACUUGUUUCGGAAAGAAAUGUGAUGUUUCUUUUGCUCUGUGGUAACCAAUAAAAUUCUACAGUUAAAC